AUGUCCAACCGAAAUACAAAAUCUAAGAGCCCUAACAUUAAAAAACCAUAAAAUUUUGACAAAGAUUUAAUGAAAUAUCUUAUUUUAUAAAAGAUAACAAAACCUUCUUAAACAGUUGAAAUGAUCACCAAAACUUAACCGGAUGAAGAUUUAGAGGUUGAUGAUUUUAAAUAAGAAAUAGAAAUUAAGUAUUCUAUAAUAUCUAAAUAUAUUUUAUAGAUUUAAGAAAUGUAAAAUCAAUCACUCUUUCAAAUUUCCUAAAGAAAAUUAUGAAUCUUCAUCUGAUAAUUCUCUUUCUUCUCUUAAAGAUGUUACUCUCUAUUAAUUAAAUUCAGACAAUAUAGAACAUCUCACAGAUGCAACAUAACCAUAAUUUAUCAAACUCCUUAAUGAAAGACUAAUUAAAUUAACAGAUUAGAUUUUAGAUGAUAAUCUUUCAAUUCAAAAACCAAUCCCAAAUCUUAAAUCUUCAAGGUUGAUCUCCUAAUAAAUAUCAAGAUUAUAGAAAGUACGUGGUCAGAACCUAUCCAAUUCUUCCUUAGCUAAAUAGAAUGAUUUAACUGUUGCAACCCAAGGUCGAGAAAGUGUGACAAAUAAACCUAAUUCUAAUAUAGGUUUUAGAGCAACACCAACCUUAUCCUCAGAAAAGAAGAAUCAAUCCAAACCAAUUCAACAAAUAUUGAAAAUUGCAUAAUAAUAAAAGUAGUUAAAUAAUAAUAUCAAGUAAUUAAUAUUUGGUUAUCAUAGUAAUUCAUUCUAUAAAAGAACUGCAUAAGGUAAUAAUGGUUACUUAAACAGUAAUAAUUAUGCUGGUGAUAAAAAAAACAUUGAAAACAUCAAAAUUAAGACAGAAUAUGAUGAUUAAGAUGGAAAUUUAAAUUAAUUUUACAUACUUCCAAAAUCAAGGUACAUAUUAAUUUUAUAAUUCUCUCCUUUUAAGACCUAAAAAUAGAGAAUCCAAUACUAAAUUAAAAAAAUAAGAUAGUUCUUAAGGUCAUAAAAUGUUAAAUUAUACUAUAGACAGCCAUAUUUUAGAAUAAUUAAGAGGUACAAGGAAUGCUAAAAGUUAAAACAAAAAUUAUAAAAAUUGA